UAGCCAUAAUGCAGAGCAUGGGACAACAUUUUGUCGAUACUUUUGUGGAUACACCAACUGACAUUUUUAGCAUGGGAUAUUAGCCUAUUAACCAGCCAUAAUGAGUGAGGUGGGUCCAAGAAGGCCCCCCCAGGACCAGUCCUCGGGGAGUGGGCACACAGUGACCACGUCACGUCACCCCUAUAUCACAGACCCCAUCGCCUCCAAGCACGUCUGCUUCUACAAGAGCGGUGACCCUCAGUUCAGUGGCCUGCGCAUGGCCAUCAACAGCCGCACCUUUAAGACCUUCGAUGCCCUCCUGGACAGCCUCUCCAAGAAGGUCCCGCUGCCGUUCGGAGUGAGGAACAUCACCACCCCGCGGGGUGUCCAUGCGGUGCACACACUAGAUGAACUGGAGGAUGGGAAGGCCUACAUCUGCUCAGACCAGCGGAAGGUCAAACCCAUCAACAUGGCAGCAGCCAGUAAGAAGCUUCCGCCCUGGUACCAUGCCAGGCCCAUGAGCGCCCGCCGUCGGGCCUUGCAACUGGCCAAACAGAACCCUGGCAGGCCCAUGCGCAAAAAAAAAACUGUGACUGUGCGCACACCUAAGAGGCUAAUGGUGUUUCGGAAUGGGGACCCAAGUGUCAAGCACAAUAUGAUGCUACAGAAGAGGACCACUCCCACCUUUGAGGCGCUGCUGGAUUACGUGUCCGAGUUGAUGCACUUUCCUGUGGUCAAACUACACACACCGGAUGGAAGAAGGGUGGAUGGGCUCCCUGCUCUGAUUCUAUGCUCUGGUAUUGUAGUAGCUGCCGGUCGGGAGGCCUUUAAGUCUGGAAACUACAAGACACAGAGAUCUUCUGCUCCAACAUGGCUUCCUGCCAGACGAAUGGCAUCUAAAAGACUAAAACAACCGGCACCCCGGAAAAUGAAGUCCGUGUCCAGUAGCAAAUCACAUCUUUUCUCCUCAUCGUCAGAGAGAUACUUUGUGAAUCAGAUACACCACUCCGUUGCAGGAAGUCAGUGUGACCUCCCCAGUAACAACACGGGAUCUGUGGUGCUGGAGGCUGGCCACUUUCUGGAGUCAGUUGCCGAAACGGACGCCGACACCUACAACGGACAUGAAGAGCCAGACAACUGUAUGCCCGGUGAUGAUGACAUUGAGAAGUCCUUUCGGGUGAACCAAGAUGGCAGCAUGACGGUGGAGAUGAAGGUACGACUGACCAUCAAGGAGGAGGAGACCAUCCACUGGACCACCACCCUGAGCAGGUCCAGUGUGGCCAGCCAGCUCAGUGUGGCUGAGUCUGAGCUGGAGAUCAGAUCUCCUGAGUCCAAUGCCCUACCACCAACACAACCCAACGCCAUGGGCACCAUCAAUGGGUACAAUGCUAAAAAGGAUGAUCAUGAUGAUGAGGAUGAUAUGUCUCCAGAGGCCAGUGGACUUACCAGUGUGGAAGGAGAUGAUGAGGAUAAUUCUAAAAUACAUGUCAGUGAGGUCUCUCUCAGGAGGGCUCCUACCCCAGGACCCAGGAGAUCCAGACAGAAGCAGGCCUCAUUGGAGAACAUCAACACACCAUCAGGAGAUGAGAUUCAGGAGAACAUUGUGGGAUCAUACUCCUACAGAGAGACAACUAAGAAUGGAGAGGUCAAAGAGGAGUACUGCAUGGUCAGACAAUGCAGCAGCAGGCCAGUCCCUAAACCAAGGAGAGUUGGCUCUAUGGAUAUCAACAAUUACAAUAAGACUCAAUCCACUUUUAAAUCAGGGGCGGCAGAGAUCUUACAGAUCCAAAAUGGCGAGGAGGAAGUCAGAGAAAGUGUAAUGCAGAUAUACGAGCAGCAGACCUGUCAGGACAAUUUCCUUGCUAACAGCCAGUACAGUGUCCAGGGUGUGUCCACGUAUGGUCUGAUGUAUGGGAGACCAGCCACCUCGGAAACAGCCCGCUUCUCCUCUAGUAAUGACUUAGAGAUGGAGCUGGAAAGACUCUCUACAGCCUCAGAGUCAAUCAGCGUGCGGAGGGCUGACCAGUCUCUGUCAUCUGACUUCACCAUACCCACUUUUAAGGCUGGAGGAUCUGUCCUAAGAAACGGGGUACUAAAUGUCCAUAAAACCAGUCUCUCCAAGCCCACCAAAGACAACGAGACCCCAAAGUUGGUCUCGGAAGCAAGCAAAGAAAAUUCCACCACUAAUGCUGUAAAGAAAGUCAAGAAAAGGUUCUCAAAGCCCAAGUUGAGAAAGUACCAGGUUCGUAAGAGUACAACACCAGACAAAAGACGUAAAGAGAGUAGUGCAAAUGGUCCUGAAAACAAUAAAAGAGUGAAAACUGGGGGGUUUAGCCGCAAUGCAUCGAUAAGGAAAAUUUAUGGACCAAAACCUGCCAGAAGUCUAAUGAAAAAUAAACUAAAAGGAAAGGAAAUCAAAUUAAAUAUUGAAAACCCAAAGGAAUCGUCAGUGAAAGAACUAAAUGUUAGUGAAAAUGGAAAUGAAACGUCAGUUUCAGUAAAGAAAUCAUUGCACGUUUCAUUUCCUACGGAGGCCCAGGUGAAGGCAACACUGAAAAGGCAGAGGUCCGUGCACGAGGAGAGAAGGAUUGCGAAAGAGUGUCACGAUUUGUCACUGCCUGCACUCCUUUCGUCCUCUUCUAAUAUCAAUGAAUAUGUUGAGAACUGGCUAGAGAAAGCCCUCCCAACUGUUUACCCAGACCCAGUGGAGGAAACUCAAAAUGUGGAGACACCAACAAUGUCUCAGGUAGAAACUGAGGGGGACAUUAUUCCAGAUGUGUCAGAAAUCAAUUGUGAAAUGGACAUUGAAGAAGAUGAGUCUUGUUUUUUGAAAGAAAAAACACACAUACCAAGUAGUCCAUCUUUGGUAACAGCAGCAUUUCCAAAUAGAACAUUUGAAAAUAUAGCAACACAGACAAACCUGACUAUGGAAAACACAACAUUACCAUGUCCUUCUGACCCAUCAUUGCAAAAUACCCCAUUACACAUUGAUACUAUACAGGAAAGGUUGCCCACUAAUCCCUCAGCUGAAAAUCCACCUCUCUCCAACGGUUUCUCUGUCUUUCUUCCUGCAAUAAUCUCAGUAGAAAAGUCAUCACCCUCUGACAGUCCUUCGUUGGAACAAACAUCAAUGCCCAUCAAGAUCUCAGUAGAGAAGCUACCAAUCCCAAAUGAUCUGUCAUUGGAAAAUACAUCAGUACCAAAUAGCUCCUUAAAAGAGAAGAUCCCAGUCUCAAACUGUCUCUCGCCUGAGAAGACACCACUGCCUGCUAAAACACAAACAGAGAAGACACCACUGCCUGCUAAAACACAAACAGAGAAGACACCACUGCCUGCUAAAACACAAACAGAGGAGACACCACUGCCUGCUAAAACACAAACAGAGAAGACACCACUGCCUGCUAAAACACAAACAGAGAAGACACCACUGCCUGCUAAAACACAAACAGAGAAGACACCACUGCCUGCUAAAACACAAACAGAGAAGACACCACUGCCUGCUAAAACACAAACAGAGAAGACACCACUGCCUGCUAAAACACAAACAGAGAAGACACCACUGCCUGCUAAAACACAAACAGAGAAGACACCACUGCCUGCUAAAACACAAACAGAGGAGACACCACUGCCUGCUAAAACACAAACAGAGAAGACACCACUGCCUGCUAAAACACAAACAGAGAAGACACCACUGCCUGCUAAAACACAAACAGAGAAGACGCCACUGUCUGCUAAAACACAAACAGAGAAGACGCCACUGUCUGCUAAAACACAAACAGAGGAGACACCACUGCCUGCUAAAACACAAACAGAGAAGACACCACUGCCUGCUAAAACACAAACAGAGAAGACGCCAUUGUCCAACAAAGUCUCAGAUGGGUCUUCAGUAGUUAGCAGUCCCUCAUAUUUAAUGUGUUCAUCACCUAGUAGUUUAGGUGAUGAAGAACAACCCUUAUCAAGCAGUCCUUCAUCAGACGAGGCUCCGUCAACGACUGGCCAUGUAUUUGAAAAGACAUUGUUCAACCACUCCACUCUGAAAGAACCACCAUCGCCUAAACUCGCAACAAAAAAGACACGAUUGCUCAGUAAUCUCUCCCUGGAAAAGCAACUAUCAUUCAGGAAAGCCUCAGCUGAAAAGUCUUCAACAUCCAGUGAUCCUACUGUGGAAAAGGUGUUGGUGGAUAAGGCACCAAUCUCCAAUGGUCUCUCAUCUGACAAGACAUCACAUCCUGCUAAAACCUUAAUAUCCAACAAUGUCUUAAAUGAGGCUUCAUUAGCUAGUAGUCCCUCAUGUUUCAUCUCGACAUCACCUACUAAUCGCACAUCAGAUGAAAGAGCCUUAUCAAUCUCCCCCCUAUCAGAGGAGGAUCUAUCACCCACUGGCCAUGUAUUGGAAAAAACAACAUUGUUCAACCACUCCACUCUGAGAGAAACAUCAUCACCUAAACUCCCAACGAAGAAGACACGAUUGAUCAGUAAUGUCUCCCUAGAAAAGCAACUAUCACUCAGAAGAUUGUCAGUGGAUAAGUCUUCAUUGUCCAGUAAUCCUACUUUGGAGAAGGCCCAGUUAUCAAACCCUGUCCAAAUCACAGUAGACAAAUCACAACUACCGAACAGUCACUCAUUGGAAGAGACAUCGCCACCAAAUAAGUCUUCCUUACCCAGUGACUCCACUUCAGAAAAUACCCAAUUAUCUAGCAUUCCUCAACAAGGAAGGACACCACUACCAAGACAUAUCUCUUUGAAAACACAAUUGCGCAACAAUUUUUCACCUGAAAGAACAAAUUUACCCACUCUGAUGACGAGGAAUAAGUCAGCUCCCAGUAAUCUCUCUUCAGAAAAGAUACCAGUACCUAGUAAUCGCACAUUGAAAAAUAGACUGUCACCAUAUUCUCAGACUUUGGAAAUAGUGUCACCACCUACGAGACUCAAGGCAAAAAAAAAGCCAGUAUCUAGAAAUCACUCUCUGGAAAUCGAACCGUCCCCAGUAAGUCCCACCUUGAAAAGGACACCUCUACCAAGGAAAAGCCGCCAAACGCCAUUAUCGCCUAAGUCAACGCCAGUACAUCUCAAUUCCUCCAUGAAGAAGACACCAACACCUCCCAGUCCCGCUUUGGUGAAUCACGAAGAGACAAAUGGUGAUGAUAACCUGAGCAAUUCGGAUCAGGGAGACAGUACAAAAGUAACAGCAGAGGAGCGUCUAACAAAAGCACAGAUACCAUCAUACAGAGAACAACUACCUCCCCAGCCAGACAUGAAACCUGUGCUAGAGAAGCUCUGUUUCUCAAUUCGGUCAAUUAGACAAAUCACACACAACAAUCGUCCAUCUUGUCUUGAAAAGUCAAACAGCUUACCUGAUUUCUCCUCCCAUGUGGCCUCUACAUUUGGGUCAUCCUCCAAAGCUCUCCUGGCAUUCUUAUCUGUUAUUACCUUAAAGGAAAGCUUCACUAACUGGAACAUACCUGAAUUGAAUGCAAACAGUGUAAGCUGUGCUGAGGCUUUGAAAAUGAUAGAGUCUCUGAGAGAAAUUGCCAACAUAGAGGAUGCAGAGGAGUUGAAAGCUAGCCUGUCAGAUUUGCAAAAGUCUACUUCCUCACAACUGCUGCAAAGUUGGAAGGGCUUCCAGGAACUCAAUGACAAAGUCAGAAGUCGCAGCUCAGCGCUGAACAGUUCAGAGCAUGAGCUCUUGUUUGAGACACGCCCAGUGGAGGACUACAACAUUAAAGAAAAAGCACUGGAUAUCGAUGAGCUAAUAAAUGAGCUUGAUGUGCCAGAAAAGGUCAAGGAAGCAUUGGCAGCCCUUUCAACAGGGGUGAGCAUGAGCAUGGAUGGGAAUGAAACAAAAAAUUCUAAAAAAGCUCAUGAAAAAGUGGAGUCAUCCCCAGAGGGAAGGGUAAAUGCCAAUUCAACCGCAGUCCCUAAGGAAGAGGCUGAAAAAUAUAAUGUGCUUAAUAAAGAGGCUACUGUUGAUGUUAAAUCCAUCAUUAAAACAUUUACAAAUAUUCACCAUCCCAAAGAGGUGGCUGAAAAUACAGUGUCACCAAUCCCAGAGAGCCCAAGCAGUAGGCAAGAGCAGUACAUCUCCUCAAGAGAACACAGCUUUAAAGAGGAUUAUAUUUGCCACAGAAACAGACAGCCAGCAAAUAAGGAAGGUGCUGAACUUGAGCAGGACAACUGGGAAAAAGAGGAGGCUAAAUGUACAUACAAACAGGUUAACCAUGAUGAAGAACAGACAUCCUCAGAGAUAGAGCAAGCUUACAGUUUAGUAUUGCAUGAUGGCUAUUUGGACAAGCCAGCCUGUUCUGUGGAGGCUAGAGAGAAGGAUGGGGACAUACAAGCAGGCUAUGUGGAGGAGGAAGAAAGCUUGAAGAAAGAGCAAGAAUACUACAUUGAGAACCCACUAAGUCAUGUGGAGCAGGAGGUUACAUCUAUGGAGCUGCAGGUCAGCUGUAAGGAAAGCGUAGAAAAAGACCAGGCUAGCUCAGAGGAAGAACAUAAAUGUCAUGUUGAGGACCAAAUCAGCCACGUGGAGUCAGAAAGUAAGUGUGUGGAGGAGGAAUGGAUGAAGGAAGAGCAACAAUGUCACAUAGAUGAUCAGCCAAGCUAUUGUGGGAUGCAGGUUAGCCGUGAGGAAAGAGAGCCCACCCCUGAGGAGCAGGCUAGCUCAGAGGAAGAAUCUGAGUGUCACAUAGGCCAAAACCAUGAGGACCCAGAGGUCAAAUGCUUGGACCUGCAGGAUAGCAGUGAGAACGGAAAGUCCACCCCUAAAGAAGACCAGGCUAGCUCAGAUGAAGAGGAACGUCAUGUUGCGAGCAAACCAACCCAUGAAGAGCCUGAGGUUAAAUGUACAGAUGUAAAGGUUAGCAGUGAGGAAAACAUGUCUAGUCUUGAAGAAGAGCAGGCUAGCUUAGAGGAAGAGCUCGAAUGUCACACUGAGAACCAACCAAGUCACGAGGAGAAAGGGGUUAAAUGUACAGAUGUAAAGGUUAGCAGUGAGGAAAACAUGUCUAGUUUUGAAGAAGAUCAGGCUAGCUUAGAGGAAGAGCUCGAAUGUCACACUGAGAACCAAUCAAGUCACGAAGAGAAAGGGGUUAAAUGUAUAGAGAUGCAGGUUAGUAGAGAGGAAAGAGAGUAUACCCCUGAAGACGACCGGGCUAGCUUAGACGAGGAAGAGGAAAACCGUGCAGACAACCUUCCCAAUGCAAAUGCACACAUUAACGUGAAGGAUGAGCAGACUCACUUAUGGAUGAAGCAGACUACUGAAAAUGAAAUAGUGUCUACUGUCAUAGAAAUGAAGCCUAGCUUGGUCAAACAGCAUUCUAGCGAUGACAGGAUGGAUAAGGACAGCGGAAAGGAUAGUGAGCAGCAUGUUAGCUUUGAACAACAGUCUGAUACUGUAGAAGAAGCCAACGUUGAGGAUAAUCGGCGUGGCACAGAGAAGAAGAAAGUACGCUGUGAAGAGAAGCUGCCUAGCUCUGAGGCAGAACAUGUUGGCGUAAAGGAUGAGCCAUAUACAGAGGAUGAGAGUUAUGCAGAGUAUGAGGAAAGCUUCGUAGAGAAACAGCCGUUUGAGGAGGAUACGAAUUACGAAACGACUGAGGCAAAAACAACCAACCGUUUUGAGGAACCAUUACCAUCUGUAGCAGAGCGAGUAAAACUACUGGAUAAGAAGAUUGCUGAUGUAGAGCAAAGGAAAAACAUUACAUUAGAGACAACUGGCAUCAAAUCGUUUGCCCACAUAAAGGUUCCCGCUUUCUCAGGUGGCGAUGAUUUAACAAGCGUAUCCCAUCUAUCUAAUGAACAAGCUGAGCUUGUGGAGGAAGCAUCUGAGAUGCAAACAACCAAUUAUGUUGUUAAGGAUGUCAAAGAGCAAGACAAAGCUCCUGUGCACACUUGUAAAAGGACAACGUGGCCUAUAAAUACAUCAGAAACUGUAGUCAUGUCCCCCCCAGCUCCACAAUCCUCCUCGCUAGCAUUUAGCUAUGAUGGCUGUAUAACUAGAGAGCCUGAGGGAAAUAGGGUCAAGAAAAUAAAGGAAAUGUUUAUGGCAAAAAGCAUUGUGGACAUUCAGUAUGGACAAACAAGACUAACCAGCCCAAACAGCUCAGAUCUGUCUGACAACAGGCCAGGGACUUCUGACGGUAGUCAUCGAUCACUGACGUCAACUGAGAUGUCCAGUGGUGAGGAUGAUUCUGUGAAGAAAUCCAUCACGAAAGGCUUUGUCAGGAGAACUAUUGAAAGGCUUUAUGGGAAGAAAGUCCUUGCCAGUGAAAGUCAGCCAAUAUCUGUCCCAAGACCAAAGUCCAGAGAAUUUCCUGGUAAGAUCAGCCUUUCCCCAUUCCAUAAUGCACGGACCAAAGUAAUGUUGGACUUAUCAUACUUCAAUGCCACAAGCUCCUUUGACACAUACAGUGAGCCAACGCGGUGUAUCGCCUUCAAUACACAGGUCGGGCCUGGAGACUGUGUCCCGAUAGAAGAAAACAGGUGGCUCCUCAGAGAGUGCGUGAUCAGAAAGUCUGUCUCAGAGCCUAUUAAUAUUUACAAGAACACAUCUGCGUUAACGGAAGAUGAGUGCAAAGAUGCAAAAGAAGAUGUUCCAUACUCCAAUUUCGGCCACACCGAUCAGGAGGACAUGGUGAAGACUGUGAAACCUUUUGUGGCAAAGUGCACCUAUUUCAACCUGCCUCAUGGCUGUGACUCAGACCCGUACCAGGAUGACCUAAGUUCUGUCAGCAAGGGCAGUGGCAUGGGUGACGUCUCGAAGGACAGUAAAGACAAUGCAGAGGAACCCAAGUUGUGGGCUGAGAAGAAUGGAACCCUGCCAGAUUUUUCCCCUACUGACUUCAAGAUGCCAGAUAAUAAAGUGCACCCUCUGAUAGAAGGCCCGGGAGGUGGAAAGGUUGUGGUGGUCCAGCCUGGCAAAGGUCAGUCUGGCAAAGGUCAGACAGAUGUCAAGAAAAUUCCACAGGACCCAGAUGCACUAGAGAUGCUCUACUUCUCCUGUGGCCAGCACUGCCCCAUCCUUUGACUGUGACACUUAAAUAUGGGCUCUCUGCUAAAGUCAGCUUAUUACGGAGGGCAUUCAAGGUACAAAGAGAUGUCGUAUAUUUCUUUAACAUGGAUAAGACUCAGUGUGUCCUGUGGGAUAAAGUUAUUAAUGAAUACUUUGUGCCUGAACAUUAACGUUGCCACUAUGAUGGCUUAUACAGCAUGAUAUCAUAACACAUUGUAAUGGAUUGUUAAGAAAAUAUACAUUUUACAAUAACUUAGGUGGAAUAGACAACACUAAUGGGUGAAACUUAUUUCACUAGUUUUUUCUAUAUCAUGUGAAUUGUACAAUUUUCAAAAAAAACAUUUUACUCAACAAUCUGUUAUGCCAUGUUCAACUUUUAAUACCUUUUAAAAUAUUCUGUAAAUAUUGCAUCUGUACAUAUUUUUACAAUAACACCUUGACCGUGUAUUUUCUGUGUACUGUGUAUUUUCCACCCUCCAUUGGCACUAGGUAGGUGGGCUGUCCUAAGAAUGAGCAUCCUGUGCAUUACUAUAAUCUUGUUUAAAAUGCUUUAAACAGAUCAGGUCCUCACUGAUGUCACGCAAUGGCAAUCCCCUUCACUCAGAACCUAACAUGCCUCUGGGUCGUACCACAAAAUCAGUGCCUUUAUUUCAAGUAGAAACUGUGCACACGGAUAGAAUUUAGAAUGUAGACCACAUAGACUAUUCAAUAAAUCAGAUUGUUCUUUUAUAUGAAUAAAGGUUAUUUAUUUCAUGGGAUUAGUGAUUCAUUUUAAGAUAAAAAAAAUAAAAAACUGUCCCUCUUAAGGUGAGCCCAAUAACGUGAACUCAACUCAAUAUGGUAAACAAUUCCUUUUUUAAAUGUCUAUAUAUUAAAAAAAAAAAGAAACACUGAACAUCUAAUAGUAAAACUGUGUAAAAGCAGGCGAGCUGGUUCUACCAUUUUGAGCAAUUUGCGGUGGAAAACUGAGCAGUUCUAGCAAAACACAUCAACGCUGUUACCCAUAGAUAGACAGGCUAUAAAUGUUUUAACGAUACAUUUUUAAAAUUGUGAAGCUAGCAUUCAAUUGCCUCCCCCUGUCACAAGGGGAUUUAUGGAUGAUUUAAGAUAAAGCCGUCAACCCUGAUAUGGUGAUUUGUAACAGGGUUUUAACCUCUUGAGAUGGGAAAACAUAUUUUUGUAUUAAGUUGAACAUGUGCUCUUUAUGACAGACAUUUUAAAUUAGGUGAAAGUUACACUACUCAAAAGGCAAUGAAUUAGUGGAACGACCCCCCCCCCAAUCGAGGUUCAUGGUCAUGCCUGUGCAGUGUGGUCAAAACGGUGCUUGAUCACAAGCUCUAGAAAUUUAUUGUCUGUCAGUAACCCCCUGGUACAUAGCAUUGUAUAGUGUAUUAACUGUACAGUUCAUUUAUUUGUGUAAAUGCAUUUCUCUUGCAUCAUUACAUGAGAGUGAAUUCUUAAAGUAUAGAAUGAAUUCAGAAAGCAUACAUCGCUAGAUUUGCAUUUAUAAACAAUAGCCAUAAGCACAACUUGCAAUAACAAACUUUCAUCACACUACUUCUAUCAUAAAUGUACAUUUCUGGCAGCUGUGAUAUAUUCUAUUGAGUGUUUUUUUUCUUUACUGAAUUUCUGUCAUUUAUAAAUAAAAACAAAAGCUAUUCCUGUUUUUGUCCAAGCUGUUUGUCUAUUCUCUGUGUUUAAUGUAGCCACAGGUUGACAAGUGUACAAGAUUCAUCUGUAAAGGGCUCGUUUACUGUAGAUGCACAUUUUGGGUGAAUAUACUGAUGUGUGUGGUCACGUUUAGUGGCUAAUCAGUAGACCCUACAUUUGUGGAAAUAAUUAUAUGAACUAUAUUUCCCCUAUAU